CACCAUCCAACCUUCCCCUCCUCCUCCUCCUCCUCCUCGUCUUCUUUCUCGUCUCGGCUCUGCAGUCGCGCCAAAUAGAGCGAAAAUGGCAAGCGUGGUUCGCGGCGCGGACCAGUAUUAUGAAAAGAUAACGUCGAUCCAACAAAGCAUGCAUAAAAGGGAGAAACGGAGGCUGGAGCUGGAGAGGGAAGUGUUUGCUCACUCCAGAUCUGACAAAAGAAUCUCACAGAUAAAGUGUUCCAAACUGCGCAGUUAUCUCAAGGAAAUCUGUGACAGGGAAGCACGAGCGAAAAUGAGAAACCUUGAGCUUCUGAGAGAUGUGGAGUGCAUAGAAAUUACCAUGAAGGAAUAUAAUCCUGACCAUGGCCCCCUGCAACAACAAAAGACUGUCUUUUUCAAGAAGAUUUCACGAUUUAUGGAAGCAAGGAAGAAAAUGGAGCAAGAGCUUGAUGCAGCAAAGGUUGAAGUUGAGCAUAGGCAGCACCAGGACAGCUCCCUCUCUAACCCAGCAAAGGAUUUUACACAAUCACCACUGGUAAUUUUUGUGGGCCGCCAGACCACCAGAGGGUCUGACGCUGAAGCUGGCACCACAAGUGUACACUCACACCAAGCAUUGCAUCGUUCACCCAAUUGCAGCAUGCACUCCCGCGAACGUCUACCAAGUGGCCUUUUGAAGGACUUCAGAGUUGACGGAGAGGAUACCGCCAGCAACCGAGCACAUUUAUCAGAUGACAUUUCAGGCUCAAACGAGUCCCCUGACGGCUGUAAUUUGAGUGACAAACAUGAAAGAACGUUGGCGGCGCUCCCAUCUGUCUGUGCCUUAACAGGCACAGCUGGCAAUGUGCCUUUUGGAAGUGAUGAUGAACAAGAACCGUCACCUUUGGUGACCUUGAUGGGGCCUGAGAAGAAUCUGUCUCCCAGCUGCAGUAGCCCUAUGAAGGCUAACAAUCCCCCUGCAGAAAACACUGACUCCCGUGAGGUGGUUCAUCAGCCACCCAUUAUGUUCAAUGGAGAGAGAGGUCUCAGACAUUUGAUGCCUCAAACCACUUUGGGAAAAGAAGUUCAAGAUGCACCAGGUAGAUGUGAGAGUGUCAGCACACCAAGCUCUGAUGUGCAGUUGUCAGAGAGCAGUGCUAGUGACCUGUCCAUAUCUCUGACACAAUCUGAGCCGGAAGAGGAUCUACCAGAGGGUGUGGCACCUGAGAGGAAUGCCACUUCAGCAGGGAGUGAUGAUCACAAUCAGCACAGUCCUGAAUCAUGCCUCCACUCCGAUGGGUCCAAAAACACACCACAGUUAAACUGUGAAUCUUCAGCUCCAGUGGUGACCUUGGAAAGUCUCUCCCAGGAAGGACUCUUUCAUCUGUUGGACAACAUCGAAGGACGACUCCAUUGUGAACGGAGUAGUGUGUAUGGGGGUUCUUCAAUUGAUGGGAGACGACUCAAUAGAAUUAUUAGCCUUUGUAACGGUGAAGCAAGCUUGAAUGACGAGGACCUUGAAGCAUGUGGAGCAGUCAUCCUUCAUGAGCUUCAGAGGUUGUCAUGGAGCACAGCGAAGGGCUGCCUGCUACCACAGGAUCUAGUGAGUGCUCACCAGUCCUGCACUGAGCCUAAUGAAAUCAGCGCCAGCCUCCCUCCCGAUGCCGCUCGGCUGUGGGAUCGCUGGUUCAAGCACGCCCUUCUGCUCAAGGAGCGCCGUGUCCUCAACACUGAACGCCUGGUCCAGCUGUUCACACCGCUGCUGCUGGAGCGCCAUGCCACUUACAGCCACCAGGCCAAAGUGCUGCUGAGGACACUUGUGUCCCGGUCCAGUGAGGAGUGCCCCUCAGCAGAGGACGAGAGUGACUUGUCUUCUUCGUGUGGUCCUCCUUCUCUCCUGGCUGACGGUGACAUGAAGCCCGCCCGGCCGGUACACAGGCAUCAGAUCAGAGAACUACAAAGUACUGAAGAGGACAGCCAGGACGAAAGCCCUGUGGAAAGUGUUCCUAUUAGAGAGACCAAAGCGUAUCAGUUACUUAAACAAUCAGCCAUGCAGGAAAGGCUGCAGAGUUCUGAAGAGGAGGAGGAGGAUGACGACGACCAUGGCCUCUCGGGAAUAAAUCAUGGCCAUGAAGAGGACCUGGGGAGGGCCAAACGCUCCUCACAUCAAGACCCUUACCCUCGGAAAGAGAACACUAACUCAAAGGCUCAUUCUGCUCUACAGUCAAAAGCUUUCUGGGGGGAAUCAGAUGACAGCAACUCAGAGAUUGAAGCGGCCUUACGUCCUCAGCCUUUCAACACAAACAACGAUGACAUUGACGACUUCUGUGACUGAUAUUUCCCUGCAGAUAGUUUUUAAAAGCACUACAUUAUAUCACUGCAAAAUUUCAGGCAGUUUGGCUCACAGUAAUUCACCCCCUGACCGUUAUUUUAGUGGUCUGCAUUGUAAAUCAUAUGCACACUGUAUCGUAAAAACAAAUAAUAAAGUUGACAGCUCUCACGCUGGGUAAAGUAUGUGAAGAGUUGUCCAACACUCUGAUGUUAACCCUGCUUCAGUCUCUUUAUCUGAACAACUCUCCCGGCUCAUAAUAACAGCUCGAAAUAGAUUAAACUGAUCUUUUAAAGCGAUUUGUUUGCACUAGGCUGAAAAUCAUGCAUUUUGAAUGCUGCAAGCAUCUCCGAGUGCUCUACCUCCAGCAUGCUCGAGUGUAAUGAUGUGAGUCACCUGUGAAAUGACAAAGCACAAUGGCCACUCUGCACGUUGCUGCGCGACCUGUGAACCUGCUGAAGAGGCCCAUCUCCCAGGGCACAAAGUGUUGUAGCGCUAACAAACUCAGAAUAUUUAGAACCUUCAACAAACCCUCUACAUAUAUUUUCCCAGCUGCUUCUUUAAUAACUGUUCUCAUGCUACAGAACUACAAAGACGCAUGUUUGAAUUCUUCUGUAUUAUUGUGCAAAUGAGGCACAAGUAGCAGAAUUGUUGCUGAAACCACACGCUAGUCUUCUGCAAUUUAGGAUUUUGCAGCAUGUUGAACAUUCUGUGGCUAUUAAUAACUCAGAGCUACUGUGUGGGAGGCUACAUUCCCAAGUUUACAUUUAUAGUUCAUUAUGUCUGUAGUGUAAAUUUCCAAAACUGCCAUUCUGGGAUGUGGUAAAAGCCCCUGGCAUUCAGUGUCAGCAGGAUUCCAUUAGUCAGCUUUAGGUGACUUUACAUGCCUGAACCUUUUAAAGUAGGACUCCACAUUCAUUACCAAUAAUGGCUUCAGACAGCCCUGACCCACCACAGAAAAGGGACUGUGGCAGAAUAAUUUGGAGUUUGCUAAAAGGCUCCCUAACAUAAUAUCCAUGUUAAGGAGCAUGUCAACAGAUACUUGUGUGCGACAGAUAGCUCAUGGUGGAAGUGGAGUUAUAUUGUACUAAUGUGGACUAACACAAUAACAUUUUUUAAAAUAACUUCUCUGAUUCUGUGGCAGAGAGACGAUGAUGAUGAUGAAAAUAUUCAGCUCAUUCUUUUUAGAGCGCGUGUAGUCAGACUGUCAUGGGAGGAAGGUUUUAUCUUGCAGUUAAGGGGUGUUAUCCAUAUAGUGACUGACUCCAUUACAGUAUCAGCUUUGCCAUCAGGUUGACAUUAGACAGAGCUUAGUUCUUACAUCAGUGGCUUUGAGAAGGUGAUCCAUAUUUAUUUUGACUGAACAGAUAGUGUCUCCAGAUGUAGAUGUCUGUCUCAAUAAUGAGGGAGGAUGUGAAACAUUUUUGUUAUGAUUAGUACCACAAGACCACAAAGCAUUUUCUCUUUUAAUUUUCGUCCUGAUCAUAAGCAUUUUUCUAAAUAAAAGCAAAUCCUUUCCAGUUGUAAAGAACACUGAAUCUUAGAGGUUGUCUUGAGUGAAGCCUCACCUUUAAAACACUCAAUAGCUGCAGCUUCGAUGAGUCAGUCACUACUGAACCUAGAGGAGUGUCACAACCCCCGAGCUCUAAUGCUACAUGGAUACUGGUGACUCUGCGUGGAAGUGUGUCUUGAAAAUCUGCAGGGAAAUGUUUUUUUGGUGGGUAGAUUUUUCUGGUACAGAAGUAAUUUAACAGAGUUAAAUUGUACGCAUAAAAUGUAAUUGUACGCUUAGCCUGCAAUAUAAACGUACGUGAUAAUAAUAACAAUUAUUGUUAUUAUUAUUAU